CUCCAUUGACCCAAUCCGAUAAUACUCCAUUUUUCACUUUCCUUUACACAGUGAUCAGUUGAAGGAGGAAGAUCGAAGUGGUAGAAGAAGAAGAAGAGGAGGGGGAGGAGGUGGAAGAGGAAAGAUGAACACAGACAUCACAGCAUCGGCAAAGCCAGAGUACCCAGUAAUAGAUCGGAACCCUCCAUUCACAAAGACGGUGGCCAACUUCAACACCCUAGAUUACCUCCGCCUCUCCACCAUCACCGGCGUUUCCGUCACCGUCGGCUACCUCUCUGGAAUUAAACCAAAUAUUCGGGGUCCUUCAAUGGUGACUGGGGGAUUGAUCGGGCUACUGGGGGGUUUCAUGUACGCUUACCAGAACUCGGCUGGGAGGCUCAUGGGUUUCUUUCCCAACGAGGGAGAGGUAGCUCGGUACAAGAAAUAGAAACAUAACAGGAUAUGGUUUACAUUGGGUUGAGAAAAACACAAGACGGCAGUUGGGUAUGUUGAUUUUUGUACGAGGCAUUAGUUGAUUUAUCAAUAAUCAUGGGACAAACUAUCAGUUCUCAGAUAUUGUUCGUUUUGUUCUGUUGCCUGUCUUGUUUGGAUAUGUUCAAACUGUUUGAUAGUAAUGUUGAUUGACUUACAUCACUAUCCUUGUACCUUUUAUCAUUUUGACUGGGUACUUUAAUCCCUGCUCCCUUUUUAGUCA